AUGGGAUUAAUUAUUGUUAGUAUUUUAAGAACAAUAUGGAGAUGGAGUCAAUUAUAUUUAACAUUAUCAAUAUUGAUUGCAGAGAGAAUCACAAGAUUUUUUGUAACAACUAUAUUUGGAUUUGUACCAUUUAAAUAUUAUUUUGAUAAUAUUAGUUUUAGUAAGCCUGUAUCAAAAGAUGCCACAGAAGCAGAGAAAGAUUUAGAACGUGAUGCAAUUGAAAUGAUCACAGCAAGAGGAUAUCCAGUUGAAGAACAUUUCGUAACAACACCAGAUGGUUUCAUUUUAGGACUUCAUAGAAUCACUGGUCCAAAGCAAUUUAAUACACCACCUGAUUCACCACCAACUUCACCAAGAUCAAAUAAUAAUAAUAAUCAUAAUCAUAGUAGAUCUAGCAAUAAUAGUAAUGGUACAUCAUCAUCAUCAACAACAACAACAACAACUACUAAUCGUAAAAGUAAAUUAGCACAAAAAUUACAACAACAUGUCGAUAUUGAUCAAGAAAUUCAUAAUUCAAAUGCAAACACAACAACUACAACAACAACUUCAAGCGGUAAUAAUAAUAACAAUAAUAAUAAUAUGACAUCAACAGAUAUGAUGUCAUCAGCAUCAUCAACAUCAAAUUUUUCAAUUUAUAAUGGUAAACCAGUUGUAGUUAUAAUGCAUGGAUUUAUGCAAACAUCAGAGGCAUGGUUAUGUAGAAGUGAUCCAAAGGAUUCAUUACCAUUCAUAUUGGCAGAUGCAGGAUUUGAUGUUUGGUUGGGUAAUAAUCGUGGUAAUAAGUAUAGUUUUAAACAUACCAACUAUACACCAAAUCAAGAGGGAUUUUGGAAUUGGUCAUUGGAUGAAUUGGUACGUUAUGAUUAUCCAUCAAUUGUAAAUUUCAUUUGUGAACGUACUGGUGCACCAUCGAUAUCCUAUAUUGGAUUCUCACAAGGUACAGCACAAGGAUGGGCAGCACUAUCAACCAAUACUGUGAUUUCAAAAAAGAUUAAUCUUUUCAUCGCCUUGGCUCCAGUUGCAACCGUUAAGGGAUUUAGUAACCCAAUGAUAGACAGUUUGGCUAGAAGUAGACCAGAUUUCAUUUUCCUUCUCUUUGGUAAGAAAUCAAUGUUACCAAGCACUAUAUUUUGGAGAAAUUUCUUACCAAAGGAUGUAUUUGUUCGUGUGAUUGAUACUUCAGUUAGAUUCCUCUUUGGUUGGACAACCGAGAAUAUCUCACAACAAGAGAAGAAGAUGUUAUACUCUCAUAUCUUCUCCUAUACUUCGGUUAAAUCGGUCGUACAUUGGUUUCAAAUCAUUCAAACUAAUCGUUUCCAAAUGUUUGAUGAUAUCCUAUUGGGUAUCACUCCAAAUGAAAACUCAAAGAAACCUCAUCGUUAUCAUGGUCGUGUAAUUCCUGGUUAUCAUCCUGCUCAAAUCUUAACAAAAUGUGCUCUCUUUUAUGGUGGUAGUGAUAAUCUUCCAAAUACUAAAGCCCUCCUCUCUCAUUUACCACGUGAUAGAGUUGUAAUGGUUCACGAAGAACCCUCUUAUGAACAUUUGGACUUUAUGUGGGGUAAAGAUGCAGCUGAAAAAGUUUUCUCAAAAGUUGUUUCAUUAUUAAAAUCAAAUCAUUUCGAUUUAACAAAUGGUACUUAUAAUGGUAAUACUAAUGGUAAUAAUUUAAAUAAUAAUAAUUGUUCUUCAAAUUCUUCACCAAUGGUUAAUACAAAUAAUGGUAGUUAUUAUAAUUCACCAAUGUUAACUUCUCAACAAAAUAAUAAUAAUAAUACCAAUAAUAAUAGUAUCCCUUUAAAAUUCAAUUAA